AUGGCCACCUACCACAGUGGCCCGCCAGAUCGCUAUCCAAGUGCCAGUCAAAAGGAAGGCCAGAUUAGGGCAAGCCAUCUACUUAUCAAACACCGAGACAGCCGCCGGCCCACUAGCUGGAGAGAAGCAAAUAUUACACGGACCAAGGAAGAAGCCAUUGAAAUUCUUAACGGCCAUUUAAAACGUAUCAUGGCUGGAGAGGCGACUCUAGGGGACAUUGCUACAACCGAAUCAGAUUGCAGCAGCGCAAGGAAGAAGGGAGACCUUGGAUUCUUUACCCAUGGUGUCAUGCAAAAGGAAUUUGAGGAUGCAUCGUUUGCGCUCAAGCCAGGCCAGAUCAGCGGGAUCGUAGAAACACAGUCUGGCGUUCAUCUCAUUGAAAGGUACUUUGCACUGACUCUAUCUUCUGAGGUAUCGAUCACUGACACAGCACAAUCAGGAUUGAAUGAAUCAGUGAAUCAAUCUUUUGUGUACCUAGCAUGCUAUUCACAAGACCUUCUUAGCCGUCAUAAAACUGAAGGAUAUCAUCAAAUAUCACUUGAUAGCCAAAUGCAACCUGAUGAUUCACUCCCGGACCUUGGAACUGAAGCUCUCACCAAUAUGAGCGACCAAGACUUUCUAUCUAUGUUCGAAGAGCAUCAUAUGACUUCCUCAGAUAGUAACCUGAACACCAACUUCAAUAACUUGGUCGCGCAUCAAUCCGAUUCCCCUCAGUCAAAUGUCGGAUUUACUCCUCAAGCUAGCACUGGCCCCGGCAACACAAGCGCAGUGCUCUCUCAAGUGCCAUUUCUGCCCAAUAAUCCCCAUGGCUCAGUGACUACUUUCUCCGGUCAUACUUCACAAAGCCCAGCUGAAUCCGGCAUCAAGCCCUUUACGGGCGUGGACGAGAUUGACAAACAGGCUAAAGCGAUGGUCGCAACAAUGGGACACAUUCGGGUGCAAAGCUUGGUUGGAUGGGAUCUUUUGCGCCAGCAGCAUAAUAACUCCUUGGUUUUCUAUAUGAGCUGUGUCCAGCGGCCCCUGGAGGGCGGAGCCGAUUGGAGCCAGUAUUUGGAGGAGAUGCGCCUGAGUUACAACAUGUUGAGGGACUAUCAGAUGCAGGCCUAUAAAUCGAUUUGCGGCUGCUUGAAAGUCUGGCUCAAGUAUUACCAACAUAUACUCAAAUCCGACACCCUUCGAGACUGCCACUACGAGUUUCGACAAUACGCGGAGCUUCAACACCAUGUCGUGGCAUAUCGUUUCCCCGAAUGGCACCAACAUCCAGCUCUCGAGCUCGCACAGCAAAACGCUAGCCAGCAGCAGCAGCAGCAUCCUCCGGCAUGA